GCUUGAAGCAGCAUCUGCACAGGAACCACGGCUGCCCCACGCGAUUCCGGCAGCGGAUCUUACAAGGGGGCUCCACCCUACAGGAUGAGACCAAGCUGUACACCCUUGUGAACGUACCUGUACAGCUCAUUUUGCUGGGCUUCUCCAACACUGCUUCCACUCAAGUGGAGAAGCUGGUCAGAGCAGCCGGGCACGGCCCUGUAGCUCAGGUCGAGGAUCUAUUGCAGCUUCCGCUAGACCCAAACUUGGCCGACGCGCAGGGCCAGACUCCUCUAGCGGCUGCGUGCCAGCAUGGCCGAAAGGAGACGGCCAGUUUGCUGCUGGAGGCCGGCGGAGACAAGGACUUGGCUUUCAAUGCGGGCUGGACGCCUCUGAUGAUUGCAUCCCGAAUGGGCCAGGGGGAUGUGGUGCAACUGCUCUUGGAGGCUGGUGCAGACCUGGACCUAGCAAACAACGGCGGCUACACAGCCCUCAUCGUGGCGUCCCACGCAGGCCACGCUGAGAUUGUAGGCUUGCUCGUGGCAGCAGGUGCUGACAAAGAUCGCGUAAGCACUCGCGGCACAGCUCUGAUGGUCGCAGCUCUACGCGGCCACAGACGAACAACGCACUUGCUGUUGGAGGCCAGGGCUGCGCAAAAUCUGGCAACUGAUGAUGGGACGACAGCUCUAAUGAUGGCGUCCCACUCGGGAAAGGUUGAACUUGUAAGUUUGCUCUUGGACGCUGGUGCUGAUACGGAUCAGGUUAACAAGCAGGGCUGGAGUGCUCUCAUGGCGGCAUCCCAACAAGGAGAAGUAAAUUGUGUGGAUUUAUUGCUUCAGGCAGGUGCGCGCAAAGAUCUGGGGGACAAGGACAGGGUCACAGCCCUCUUCACUGCCGCAGAAGAGGGUCAGGCGGAGGCUGUCCAAAUCUUGCUGCAGGCUGCUGCUGACAUUAAUUUUGCUGCUGCAGAUGGCUCCACAGCUCUCAGCAUUGCAGCUCGCAGGGGUCACUACAAGGUGGUACACUUGCUACUGCAGGGCGGAUCGGAGAAGGAAGUGCCAAACAGCGAGGGCUGGACGGCCUUGAUGCUGGCAUCGCAGGAAGGGCAUGCUUCGGUUGCUCGCCUGCUCGUGGAGUUUGGGGCUGCGCUGGACGUGGCCAAUAGCCAUGGCUGGGUAGCUCUGAUGGCCGCAUCUCAACAGGGCCAUGUUGAGGUCGUGCGUCUUCUGCUGGAGGCUCGCGCCAACAAGGACCUUGUCAACCGGGAGAACAACUUCACCUCGUUGAUGGCAGCAUCUCGCAACGGUCACCAUGAGGUCGCCCAACUGCUGCUAGCAGCUGGAUCUGAAAAAGAUCUGGUCAACAGCCAAGGUUGGACUGCGCUCAUGGAAGCCUCUCACCAGGGACAUCAUUCGGCUGUGCUCUCGCUGCUGCAAGCCACUGCUUCGUUGAACUGGGCCUCCGCAAAUGGCACAACUGCUCUGAUGUUGGCGGCUCAUAAGGGAAACCAUCGAGUUGUAGGCCUGCUUUUAAAGGCCAGGGCGGAUACAGACCCAGUUGAUUGCAAUGGCUUCUCCGCCCUUCAGCUGGCAUCUCACCAACACCACGCUGAAGUUGUUGAGCUGCUAGAGCAGAAAGCGUUCGGUGAAG